AUGGCUUCAGGCGAUGCUGGGUCCUUUGACCCCCUAGUCUUUGCAGCUCAACGGCCGAAUUUCCAAAUUGGACAGCACGACUCAAGGAGACAGGCCCCUCUGUCUGACUUGCAAUAUGGCUAUCUGCUGAAUCAAGGAAUUAACUUCGUCACAACUCCCAUCACAAACAAAAACUUCAGAAAACGCGUCUUCGCCUUGGUAGAGAAGCACCUCUCCCUGCUGCGAAACUCGGAGAAAUCGGGGACGACCACUACCUCCGCACUGGCUGAGCCUGUUCUGCCACCUCUCACCCCUGAGGAUACCAGCGUCUUUCCCAGUGCAUCUGUGAACACGUACACGGGCUUCAUCAGCCCUUGGAUCGACCUUGCCUCUCCUAACCCCAUCAUCGCGAGCAUCUCUCGGCAGGUCUUGAACCUCGAAAUCAACUAUGCCAAUUUCACUGGCCUGAGAACUCUCGUUCUGCCGGGCCCAUUGCGGGACGCGUCAAAGAAUGGCGGCACCCAAGGUCUCGCUCAGUACUCUCGCGCUGUCCGCGAGGCACUUACCGUGGGGAGUCGGUUGACUUUCUUGGUUCACAUGCCCAUGUACCGCGAGCCUGGGACAGAGCAGACCGAGUCGCUAUCAUCGCUCGACAAGGACUUGCCGUCCCAAGAAGCCGAGAAGAAUGUUGACAUCUACACAUCCUGGGACUCCUGGAAUCACAUUCGUGGGAUAUGCGAUUAUAAUCUGCGACUGUUUGUUGCCCUUCAGAUGCCCAGGAAACUACCCGAGAAGAACUUGCAAGACCGAUGGUUCGCUGAGCCUCUUCAUUAUCUGACCCUGGGUCCUCAAGUUUUCCAAAAGAACCAAAGUGGGUAUUCUAGCCUCACGAAACACCACCAGCGGCUCAUCUUCGAUUAUAUGCGCUUGAAGAAUUACCCGUGGCUGUUGCUAUGCGAUGUCGGACCCGAUGUAUCUGGUAUUGACACGAGCGCUGGGUCCUUCGCCGACAAGGGCGUGGACAUCUCUUCCAAAGAUCAGUUCCCUAGCCUGUCCGAGUCUCAGAAUGCCCCUCAGCCCUCUUUCAGCACAAGGGCACCUAGUGACCAUUUGGACUACGUCAAAUGGCUCGAGUCACAACAGCCACCUCUGACGUACCUCGAAUCGGACACGCUCACGAGCUUCCAGGACUGGCUCCAGUCGCCUCUACAACCGUUGUCUGAUAAUCUGGAGUCCGCAACGUAUGAGGUAUUCGAGGGAGACCCAGUGAAGUACGAACAGUAUGAGUUUGCUUGCAUAGAAGCACUUUCGGAGUGGAGGGAACUGAAGAAACCAACAUCGAAAGAAGGCGUGGUCGUUAUAGCCGUGGCUGGGUCUGGCAGAGGGCCCCUGGUCACUCGCGCCCUUCGAGCCGCCGAAGCUACCGGCGUUACAGUGGAGGUCUGGGCGGUCGAGAAGAAUCCCAACGCAUAUGUGUAUCUUUUGCGCAUGAACGAGACCGUCUGGGAGGGGAAAGUCAAUGUCGUUAAGGCUGACAUGCGAGCCUGGAAGGGACCGGUGAUCUCGACCACGGCGGAGGCUGGACCGGUAUAUGGCAAGGUCGACAUCCUCAUCUCUGAAUUGCUCGGUUCCUUUGGCGACAAUGAACUGUCACCCGAGUGUCUGGAUGGUAUCCAGCACGUCAUGGCCAAGCCUUAUGGCAUUUCGGUCCCAAGCGCCUACACCGCUCACUUCAGUCCGAUUGCGACGCCAAAGCUGUACGCUGACAUCUUGUCACGGUCUGCAACAGACGAGACUGCUUUCGACACGCCAUGGGUUGUUCACCUAUAUGCCCUCCACUUUGUCUCGCAGAAAGUGCCUGGGCAUGCGCGGAUUCAAGAGGCUUGGGAGUUCACGCAUCCAAUUCCAGAGGAUACUCUCCAGUCUGUCGAGGCAAGGCGCUCAGGGGGUGUUGUUGGUGGUGGUGGCGGCAGCAUGGCUGGAGCAGCCGGUGCGAAUGACCACAACUCGCGCUACUGCCAUCGAACAUUUGUAUGCCCGACUCGCGGUGUGAUGCAUGGUUUGGCAGGGUAUUUCGAAUCGACGCUGUACGAGUCGCAGUCAGAGGCGACACGGGGUCAGAAAGUUGAGAUCAGCACGCACCCUGAUUACAUUGAGCAGAAGAGCAAGGACAUGAUAUCGUGGUUUCCUAUCUUCUUUCCUCUCAAGCCGAGGCAGCAACUUGGCACCUCCAUCAGGAGGUUAGCGCAGCUCUAUGCGGCUCCCGAUCCGAAGCACCCUCCUCAGAUCGGCAAUGGUGCCCCGCAAACUCUCAACGGCCAACCCCUCCUCGUCCGGUACAUCAUCCCCGCCCAUCCCACUCUGCUCAUCCCGGGCCCUAUCGAGUUCGACGAUGCUGUCCUUCAGUCCAUGAGCCACUACAGCGAGAGCCACGUUGGCCCUGCGUUCGUUGCGACCUUUGGCGAGACCCUCACACAGCUGCGUCAGCUCUUCCAGUCGACCGAUGCCUCUGCGCAACCCUACAUCAUCUCCGGCUCGGGCACCUUGGGCUGGGAUCUCGUGGCAGCCAACUUGGUCGAGGCUGGUGAGAACGCGCUCGUGCUCAGCACUGGAUACUUUGGCGAUGCUUUCGCAGAUUGCCUGACAACCUACGGCGCCGACGUGACGAAACUCGACGGAGCAGUCGGUGGACGCCCCCAGCUACCCGAAAUUGAGAAGGCUCUGUCGCAAAAGAAAUACAAAAUCCUCACAGUCACGCACGUGGAUACUUCGACGGGUGUUCUGAGCGAGCUCAAGGACCUCACCGCCACCGUGAAAAGGGUGUCGCCCGAAACUCUGGUCAUUGUGGAUGGUGUGUGCAGCGUCGCAUGCGAAGAGAUUGCGUUCGACGAAUGGGGCCUGGAUGGUGUCAUCACAGCCAGCCAGAAGGCCAUCGGAUGUCCCGCUGGUCUGUCGAUAUCAUUCUUCAGCGGCAGGGCGAUGCAAGCCUUUGAGAAGAGGAAGACGUCUCCGGCAUCCUACUUUGCGUCAAUGAAGAACUGGACACCCAUCAUGAAGAACUACGAGGCCAAGAAGCCCUCGUACUUUGCGACGCCUUCGCCACAGCUCGUCCACGCGCUCAACACGGCGUUGAAGCAGAUUCUCGCCAAACCCCUGUCCGAGCGCUUCGCGCGCCACACCGAGGUGUCAGACAAGGUCAAGAAGGCAGUCCAGGAUCUCGGCCUCCAGGUUGUGGCAACAAAGCCCGAGGACCAAGCACAUGCCAUGACGGCCAUAUAUCUACCCGAGAAUGUGAAGAUUCCCGACAUUCUGCCCAAGCUUGCUGGGAAGGGUGUUGUUUUUGCGGGAGGCAUUCACAAGGCUAUUGCCACCAAGUAUAUUCGUUUCGGACACAUGGGUGUGAGCGUGACAGACCCCAACCGCAGGGACAUUGACCACGCGCUUGAAGCGCUGAAGUCGAGUCUGUCGGAGUGUGGCUACCAGAAAGCAUAG